CUUGAAAAUUUGCGCGACAGGAUUUUUAAUUAAAAUUAUUAAAUUUAUGCGCGGCACUCGCCUAAAUAUAGUAUAUAGGCCUAGAGUCACGAAUGUUUAUAGAUGUCCUUAAAAACUGAAUUUCUAAUCUAGGCUACUUUAGACACCAACUGUAGCAAGUGCUGCUUCACAAUGAGAAGUGGCAAUGGAAAUUUAGUAAUGUGAAAUAUAAAGGAAUAACAUUUAUACAUCAAGAAUUGGUUACUGUGUGUAAAAGGCGGGUGGAGCUUUGUAUGCAUUACACUAUUUACCUUACCUGCCAUUCUGGAGAUUCAAGCAGGAUAUUAUUCCGGGUUUGCUUCAGUAACCACCUUUAACACGACUAAUCCAGAAAUAUAUUCUAGCGUGAAUCUAUAUAAUGUUGAUAUUCUGCAGUUCUGUAUAGAUGUUAGCUGCUUGAUCACUCCUAACUUCAAAGGAUGACGUUCGAUGGAUCACAUUAUGAGCCGAUAAGUAAACAAAAAUGUUAAUGGAUCGUUUCAGUAUGAAAAAGUUUAGUCUUUUUGACAAUUGAAGGCUACUCGGAUUGUUAAAAAAUAUAUAGGCCUAGUUUUUUUUGUUUCAUUACUGCUGUUCGGUGAUCGGUGUUACAAGUUUCUAAUUUGAACCUGUGAGCCUAUUUUUUUAGUGAUUAACCGUCGGUGGGUUUUUGCUUAUUUCUGUUUGCGCAAAUCUAGACAGUACAGUAAUACUGUGUAGAUAAAUAGUUUCAUGGGUCGCUGAAAGCAUUCAAAGGUAUAAAUCUUUUAGAGAAAAUGUCGCGGAUAAAGGAUAGAUGUAUUUUACCACUAAUAUACUUCGCUGUUUUGAACGCCACUGAAUCCAUCCAGCCUCCUCUCCUUAACAAGGUGGAGUUUCUGAAUCCACCACAUGAACCAGUGUCUGAGUAUCUGUUACGGGUCCAAUACGCCUGCUCUGUAUCUGCAGUCGUGCACUUGGAGGCACUCGUGUCAACUGAUACCACAACUGUCGCUCCAGUAUUCCAGAGACACUGGUCCUGUGAGCCAGGCUUGACCAGAAUUCGAGCUCUGACCCUCCGGCUCCCCGACAGCGUGGUGUACCAAGCAGACUGGCUCAUGCUCGAUGCAGAUUGGCUGUUUGAUGUCACGAUGCGGGCCUGGAUCAUUGGACUUGGAACUCAGAGCUCUUACCAGACCAGCCUGGCCCGUGACCUUGUGCAACUACAACCUGUACCCCCAUUCAGCCGUCCAUUGAAAGAGCACCAACUCUGCCCACGCUGGGAUAAAGAUUUGCUGUGGCGUAUUCACAGAAACUGUGUUCCUCAAUGUCCAGAAGAACAAGAGGUGGCCCAUUUCUUCUCCUUUCUGUUUGCGUCCACCGGAGAGAACUUUGGCAUCACCAGGGCUGUGCAUCAUUACAGAAACAAGGUCUUAGAACAGCUGAGGUUGAAAACUAUUUCUUCUCCUUGGUGUACGAUCUCCAUCUGGCUAUUCCUCACCCAGCACUGUAAGCAGCAUUUGUGUGGAGUGCUGCAUCAUGUGGACUAUCAGAAGAACUAUUCCACCCCCGCCAUUUUUCUUACAAGCUCCGGCCAGUUCCAUAUCCAGGUGACUGGAGAGGAUGGGAUGUCUGUAGCCUUCCUGGUCAGCUUUCAAAUGCCACUGGGCAGGUGGUGUUGCAUCCAAGUGGCGAUCCGUGGAAAAUCAGUUGACGUUGUCAUGGUCUGCGUAGGUGGGGGACAGCACUCUGUGUAUUCUGCUGAGCACAGGUUCAAACAAGCUUUGUACCUGGAUGAUACAGAUGGUCAUUUCAUCUUGGGAGGAAGUAAUUAUGUGAAAGGCAUUGAAGGCUUCUUUGGACCCUCUCUGUACUAUCGCAACAGAAUAAUUUCAUUGUCAAAGAUUGUUGUUCCGGAACUGAUUAGGGAAAUGAAUUUGACAGGAUGGUUUGAGUCUUGUCAGCUGUUUCAGAAAGAGCUUUAUAUGAAAAUGACAAGAUACUCACAGAAAGUCAGACAAUCUGCAAGAGUUAUGGAUACCUACAGUAUUUGGGCAUUUCGAGAAAUCCCCCCACCUGAAAUGUCACAUUGUGAGCUGUGGGAGGCGCCACCCACCUCUCAGAGACGCCCUGCUGUCCGACUUGCACAGAUUCUAGCCACCAAACACGGGGCAGAAAGACUUACGCUGAAAUCAGUGGGUAAGCUGCUUUACUCCAGAGCUCUUCGCAAGCUGACCCAGGAAAGGCCAGCUUUGAAUGUCAGAGGGGUCAUGCCCCUUUUGCUACAAGCUGGCUGUCUGGGUGACAUGAGAGCCCUGUACUUAUCAUCAGUGCUCUACAACAGUGGUCUUGGUGUCAAGAGGCAACCCAAGAAGGCCAGGCUGCUGAGCCUCUUGGCCGCGCAGCAAGAUUGGAGACUGGCGCUGCUGCAGCUCGGUCACCUGCAUCACCUGGGAGAGCAGGACGUCCCUCCGGACACACCCCUUGCCUAUGCCUACUACUCCAACAUAGCUGCUCAGACAGCACUCGACAGGCAGAACCCCUCAGCGAAGCAGAAAUUUGUGGAGUCGAUUCACCUGAGCAACGAGGACAUGCUGAAGCUCCAGACGAGUGAAAACGAUGACCUCUUCCUGUGGCUCAAACACCAGGCACGCAAAGGAGUAGCAGAGGCUGAGCAAGCAGUGGGCCGGAUGCUGUUCUGGGGUCAGCAGGGCGUGUCCCCCAACCUUCAGGCCGCCGUGAAGCACUACGAGCGGGGGGCGGUACAGCUGGAAGACACAGUGUCCAUGUACGACUACGCCAUCGUGCUUCUGAAGGGGCAAGGAGUGAAGCAGGACAUCCCCAGGGCAGUGAGCUUUCUGAAGAAGGCAGCUGAACGGGACUUUGUGGCAGCCAUCAACGCCCUCGGCUGGUACUACGAGCACUACGAGAAGGACUAUGCUAGAGCGGUGGAGCUGUGGGAGCGGGCCGAUGGCCUUGGGAGCCCUGAAGCUGCCAUGAACCUUGGGGUCAUGUAUUCCCAUGGUCAUUAUCCCGGGAAACUGCCUGACAAGUUCACAGCAUACACUUACUACUUAAAGUCUGCCGAGAGGAGAAGCAUUGACGGUGCGAUCCAAUUGGCUGAGGUGUGGAUCAGAGGGAUUCCCGGUCAGGUCGACAGGCUCCCAGUGAAUGCAGUCCUGUGGACAAAGUGGGUAGCUGAGCAGAAUGGGUACCUGGGGACAGUGCUGAGGAUGGCCCUGGAUGCUUACCUCCGUCAGGACUGGCCCUCUGCACUUCUCUGGUUCCUGAUGGCUGCCGAAUCGGGGUUUGCGACAGCCCAGUUCAACAUAGCUUAUCUCUGCGAGCACAAUCCUGGAAGCUUCUUGGAUGAAGACUUUGUGACAGAGUGCAUGUGGCGAUACUACAACCUUUCCAUUCAAGCUCAGGAACCUGCACCUUAUGCCCUGUUAAAGAUGGGCGACCUGAUGUACGAUGGCCACGCGCGAAGGCAAAGAGAUGUGACCGCAGCUGCUCACCUGUACAAAAGGGCGGCGCUCAAGAGCCACCCACAGGGCUGGUACAGUCUUGGCCUGCUUGUCCAGGAUGGGGUGCUGCUGCCAGGCUCCCUGUUGGCUGAGCUGGGCCUCUGGGAGCUCCAAGGAGCUGACAACCACACAGUGCUCAGCACAUUUUACCAGAGGUGCAGAGACCACUCAGAUACUGAGGCUUACCUGCCCUGCAGCUUAGCCCUGAUCCAUGCUCACCUGCUGUCUGCCUGGAAGCUCCAUGGCUCCACCAUGAUGCUUUUCAGCACUGUUACCAUGGCUGUCGCCUCUCUUCUGGUGGUCCUGCUCCACCUGGGAAGGCCUUUGACGAGGCCUGAGGAUCACACAGCGAAUGGGGAGCCAGCAGGGAACAUGGCUGCUUUGUGAUUGGCUGCUCUCAAACUCCCUUCAGAUGAGAAUGGGGGGGGGGCAUGGUUCAUAACCUCUCUCUGACGGUGGUGGUAUAGCUUGAAGGUUUUGGUAUCUUUCUUUAUUUCAUACACAUACUGGCAAUAUUUACAUUAGCCACAUCUUUUUGUUUCGGUUUUUAUUUACAGGUUCCAUAUGUCAUUAAAAGCUUAUGACCAAAAUAGCAGACGACUCAUUUUCAAAUCAACGUUUUCAUAAUUAACAAUAUUUUCAUUCAAUAAUUUAAUUUAUUGUAUUUAACUUAUUGCCUUAAUCUGUACCACCAGCUAUCUUACAUUGCUUACAAGCAGAAACAAUAUGCCUGAAUGAAUAUACAUGCACCAAACUCAUUCCACAGCCUAGUCAUACAGGGCGGUAUUUGUUGACAAAAAAAACCAAAAACAAAACACAUCCACUGUCUUAGUCAAGUAUACAAGAAGAUUUCAGUAUAAGAAACAGCACAAAUGUGGGUCUGGAGUCCUGUGCUAAAAUGGUUUAGCUCUCAUGACCUAUUUCUAACUCCUAACUACUCUGUAUUAUACAUCAUUUCUGCAUGCUGAUCAGCGUUACUUUCAUUUUUAGGCAUGCUGUUGUCUAUACUAUGUAGCUGUACCUUCCUUGCUGAGCUUCAUAGUUUUGUGUGAAUGGAUAUUGUGUACAGAUCUGAAAAGAACAACAGAUGACAAUGGAGAAAAAGUCCAUUAGUGAAAUAAAACCUGGCUGUGUUAAUGUGGA